AUGCGCCAUCACGGUUGCGCCGCCACCAACACCGUCUCGCUGCGAACACCACCACGAGGCCAAGAAGACCGGAGAGAAGAUCCUAGCGACAGGAGCAGCAGCAUCAAGGCCGAGCGGGAGGGAACCACCUCCACCGCCGUCGUGCGGGAUGCCCGCGCCACCGGCACCGUCGCGGUAGCCGUCCAGACACGGCAGCGGGGCAUACCAGGCCACCCUGGCCCGGCCAGGCCCGAAACAGGCCCGCUAAGCCCCGCGGGCCACGCUGCAGCAAGCUGGCGUCGACGCCGCCAGCAGCCCGCCGAUCAUUGCCGCUCGCCACCGCCUCCUGAAGGCCACGCCGACGCCACGCCUGUCGCCGGCCCGCCCCGACCCAGAUGGAGCCCGAAGGGCCCAGAUCUGGGCUGGGCGGGCGCCGCCAGCCCGCGCUGCCCCGCCGCCAACGGCGCCGCCGCCGCCCAGAGUCCGCCCCCGCCUGCGACAGGACACCCCGCCGCCGCGCAGGACAGCCGCCGCCUGAAGACACCGCCCGGAGCCGCUCCGUCCCGCGACGGAGAAAUCCUAGACGGGGAAGGGCCGGGGGCCGCCACCACCAACGUCGCCCGGGCCAGGCCCGAGGCGGGCGCCGGUGCCGGCGGCAGGGAGGAGGAGGACGGAGGGGGACGCGCGCGGGGGAGGAGGGGAGGCGCGGCCGGCCGCCCGUGGUCGCGGAUGAGAGAGGAGGGGCGGCUCGGAGUAUCUCUUCCGGAAGAUGGUUACAACUAG